UGCUUGUACUUUGUACUGUUACGAAUGCUCAAAGUUCGAUUAAUGACAGUUUAAUCGAUGUUGCCGUUUAUUUGACGUAAAAAAUUUCUCAAUUACUUGAUACUUCAGUUGGUAACAGAAGUUACUCGCGAUUGUUUCGAAUAUGAUUAAUACAGGAAAACUUGCAGGACGUACUAUUUUUAUUACUGGAGGUUCACGGGGCAUUGGCAAAAGUAUUGCCUUAAAAGCAGCAAAAGAUGGAGCAAACAUUGUUAUCGCUGCCAAAACUGCGAAACAGCAUCCAAAGCUUCCUGGCACGAUAUAUUCAGCAGCUAGGGAAAUUGAAGAAGCCGGAGGUGCAGCCCUUCCAUGUGUGGUAGAUGUUCGAGAUGAAUCACAAGUCAUAUUGGCAGUGCAAGAAGCUGUUAAUAAAUUUGGUGGGAUUGAUGUCUUAAUUAAUAAUGCUAGCGCAAUCUCUUUAACUAACACACUUACGACAGAGAUGAAGAAGUAUGACCUUAUGAAUGAUGUCAAUGCGAGAGGCACUUUCCUUGUGUAAGUAGAUAAAAUUAAAUACAACAUAUAUCUUAUU